AUGCCGAAUAAUCUACCAUCCCUUCUUCUCCUCCCUCCUCCUCCUUCGCCUGUGUCGGCACCAUCUCUCUCAGCAGCAUACCGUCCCUCUCUCACUGUCGCCAUAUCAUCCCUCGGGCAACUUCCCUCAAGUAGCCAGCUUCUCGUGGCUCUACCAUGCCCAAGUCUUCAUGCUCGGCUUCAUCUCCCAAGAAGCCAGAUCUAUGACGAGGUGCAGAAAUUGAUCGGUGGCGUGUACAGUCUCAUCUGUGUUGUCUGCGCUAAGCUGGGCGUCGAUGUCGAUUCAGACACACCUGGCUCCAUCGAUGCUCGUGUCAUCCUUCUAGACCUCGAUGUCUCCAAGAGCUCCCAGGAAGAUCAAGAGACUGGGUCGGGAGACUCCAUGGCUGGGCCAAUCAUUGAUCUACCAACUCUUGCCCUGACACGACGCCACUGGAACAAAGUCUUCUCCGUUGAAGGAGAGGAAGGACAGAAGAUUCUUGCAAACUACGUGGAAGCUGCGAAUCGAAACAGCCCACCACUCGUUGGUCACGUGGAGCUCAUUAAAGGGGGAGUUAGCAUGGUUCAGAAGAUCCCAACACAUGCACAUGCUAUCCCAGGGUCAUCUGCAGCGCACAGGGUUGUCGCUGUCGGUGGGACGUUUGAUCACCUCCAUGCGGGCCAUAAGCUGUUGCUUACAGCCACAGCUCUUCUCCUUCAACCAGAUACUCUUUCUUCUCCAGUCAAGCGAAGGUUGAUUGUUGGCAUUACAGGAGACGAGUUGUUGAAGAACAAGAAGUUCGCAGAGUACUUGAAUAGCUGGACACAGCGGCAAGAAGACGUUGUCCAAUUCUUGCUGUCAAUUCUUUCCUUCACACGUUCCCGGCGAGAGGACGCGACCACUGUGGACUCAUUUGAUGAACCCGUGCCAAAUGGCCGUGCAAUUCAUACUACUAUCAAGGCAUGUUCGAUCACCAUCGAAUGUGUCGAGAUUCAAGAUCCUUUCGGCCCGACCAUCACUGAUGAAAGUGUGACGGCUCUGGUCGUAUCUGGAGAGACGAGGUCGGGGGGGCAAGCAGUCAAUGACAAGAGAUUAGAGAAAGGCUGGAAAGCUCUCGAGGUAUUUGAAGUGGACGUUCUGGAUGCCGAGGAUGCUGAGGGCAAUCCAACCAAGACCGAGGACUUCGCCUCAAAGAUAAGCAGCACAGCAAUCCGAAAGCGCAGGGCAGAAGUUGCCCGCACCUCGUCACUCUAG